AUGGGCCGCAAGGACGUCCUCAGUCUCUUCGUCUCCCUUACACUACGCCCUCAUAGCCGCUGCCUUUUGCGACUUCAAAAUUUAUCACGCAAUACCUCAAGCUCGAAUUCGCCGAGGACGGACAAAGCCCGAAUCGAAAUCAAGAAACCAACAAUCCCCCUCCAUGUAGGUCUGGACCGAAACCCUGAAAACCUCUCGGCUAUUUCGAGAAUUCCAAUCCCACGAGGAGUGACGGGCGAGACAUUCACCCCCUCGGUCCUAGCCCGCCCGCUCGGUCUCGAACGUCCCCCACGACCUGGUCAAAACAGUCCCAUUGACAAUCGCACCCUCCGCGAAAGACACGAAGAAUUCACAAGCUACGAGAAGGCACUCGAGCGGCGGCGGGUCUACCUGCGGACUUUCUUCCGUCCUUACUUUCAAGAAUGGCGACGGGUUGACCAUUUUAAGGGGAAAAGUUUUGUCUCGAAUGCUCGAUUGUUCAAACGUGAAAAGGCACUUUACUUUCCCAACAUUUGGGGCCAAACGCUGGCCAAAGAAGGUGAUGGACCUCAAGGCGGACGUGACACGACUCCCCUUCUGAUGGGCAAGAUUUCUGUCAUAGCUAUGCAAUCGGGCCAUUGGGCGGAAGAACAGGUCGACACCUUCGUCAGCGUCAAGAAUAAUCCGGAACUGAACGAAAUGAUCGAAGAAAGCAAAGGUCAGCUGCAGAGAGUGGAUAUCAACCUUCAAGGUGACUGGAUACGGGCUUUGCUCGUGAGAAUGUUCCGUGGGCGUCUGAGAAAGACGAUACCAGAAGAACGUUGGAGCAAGUAUUUCACGAUCAAAUUGCCCCGGGAUAUUCGCCGCGGGCUUAAUGAUGAAGUGCGCGACGCGAUGGGUCUCCUCAACUCUCAAGUCGGAUAUGUAUAUCUGGUAGACUCAAGCUGCAAAAUUCGAUGGGCAGGGAGCGGUCAUGCAUGGGAAGGAGAGGUUGAAGGUCUGAAUGCGGCAGUUCGGAGACUGCUUCAAGAGGAACAAGAUCUAGGACAGACAUCCUCCCGAAUUAUAACCAAGUCCGUCACUCCAAAACCAAAAGCACCAACGGCGGAGAUCAACAAGUCGACGGUAACCACCAAGAAGCGCAACGCCAUGCCCGCGGCUAUCACAGCAUGA